AUUAGCAGAGAAGAGAAGGGCAGAGCCAGGGAGAGAAAGAACGUAGGUCUUCUCUCACUUAGAACGACUGCAAAAGCGAAGGCUUUAUUGCGGUCUAUCCUUAAUCGAAAACAAAAAGAUUAUUUUUUUCACCCACAAAAACAUCUCUUUUUUCUGCGCAACAAUAGCUUUUUUAAAUUACAAAAAUUAUUUUUUUUUGCUAGUGCAAUUUAUAGAACCUUGUUGUACCAAAGUCAAAACUUGUUUUUAAAUCAUUGAUUAUGCAAAUACCCAGAUGGAAAAAUGUGUUGCUUUUGAAGAAUUCAUUCGCAGCACCGGCUUUAUCAUCCCAAUACUCUGCUUUUUUUCAUUCUACACCCAGUUCAUGUGAAAAAUGGAAGAACAAAUGGAACGCUUUUCCUGAUGAGAGUAGAGCUCAACAACCAUCCAAGAGUUAUGUAAGAUAUAAAACACGUCAAAAGCGUGCUGAUGCAAAGAGAGCUCUAAAAAACUUUCUCUUUAACAGUGGAUCUGCAAAAGUCUCAUUUCAGAAUGAAGACCCGAUAUGGAAUUUUGAUGGAAAAAGCGGAUAUAAUGCUGAGUUGGAUGCGAAGGGCAGACCUAAGUCUUCUUCUAGACAUUUUGGGAAAUCUGAUCGUAAGAAAAUGAAACGUAAGUUUAGAAGAGGGAGUUUUUCUGAGGACUCUGAUGAUCCCGACUCAAUUUUCAAAGAAAGAUUUGGGAAUAAAUGGCGUAGUUGGACCUAUCAUCGACAGGAGGAAUCAUCUUUCCAAAGUUCAGCAUUUGGAUUUGAGUGGCGAGAACACUCAAACUGGACAAACCAAAGAACUAAAAAUUGGGAGACUACAAGUGACAUUGAGUCUGAUGAUGAAUUUUGUGCUGUUGGAUCAUGUUCUGAUAGAACAAUCCUUGGUCUUCCUCCAAGAGGUCCUUUGAAGAUAGAAGACGUUAAAAAUGCUUUCCGCCUAUCAGCUUUAAAAUGGCAUCCAGAUAAACACCAAGGCCCUUCACAGGCAAAGGCUGAAGAAAAAUUCAAAUUGUGUGUGAAUGCAUACAAAUCACUCUGCGAUGCUCUCUCUGCAGUUUAAAGUUCAGAAAUUUGUUGAAGUCAUAUAGCUUCUAACAAGCUUUUUUCUAAAAGAAGGGAUCAACAGAGAUCUAGGAAAAGAUGUAUGUUUUUUCUUUCAUCUCACCGUAUGAUUUAACAUUAAUUCUUUUAUCCAUUUUUUCUUGCUUCAUAGCAAUGCAUAAGCAUAGAUUUGACUUUGCGCUGAUCCAGCAUUAAUCGGCUUUAAUAAGAAAUUAUGUAAUCAUUUUCCAAGAUUAAUGUAUAAUUCAAUGACUUGUCCUUUGACUA